AUGUAGGGAUUUGUAACGACUCGCAGACUCCAAAUCUCUUACCGGUCGCCUGUUACUGCUCUUCAAAACCCGGGAAUAGUCGCCAAAAUCACAAGGGUUCGUUACACAUGAUAUGAUGUAUGAAAUGGGUAGCACAAGCACAUUAGAUGUAGGGAUUUGUAACGAUAUCUGGCGACAACGAUUGGGGGAGUUUCAAAGCAUCACUGUCACUUCCUCUCCGUAAACAAAAUGGCAGCCAAGUACCAAUCUACCAAGGAAACUGUCAAUUUUGCGCGAAUUUGUAGAGUAAUGGUUGAUGUUGUCCCAGAUGUCUUCAGAGAAUUACUGCUCUGCCGUCUGCCAGCUUCAGGACUUACCCCUACUCUUGGCAACCAGAAGACACAGAUCUUCUCCCAGUUGAAUAAACAGCAGAAGAAGAUCCUGUACCCCCCAGUUGGAAUGUUUGUAGGUUCUCUGAAAGAUUUAGAUGUAUCACUUAUCUACAUCUUACUUAGGAACUUAGGAAAUAUUCCUCCUCACCAGAAUGGUUGGGGGAAAAGUCCAGAUCCUGCAGACAGGUCUCUUUCUGCCAACAUUGAGCGUCUGCGUAUUCAUCGUAAUGAAGCAUACGCACAUGCAAAUACUGCCUUCCUUUCUGAUGGAGAUUUUCAGACAAGAUGGGUGGACAUCAGACAGAGUGUGGAGGAGAUAGAGAAAGUUGUCCCAAUGAAAAUGACAUUUGUCACGGAGAUAGACAGCAUACUGACCAUGAGGAUUGACCCCUUAACAGAGACUUUGAAUGUUCUUGUAAAGAAACUUGAAGAUAAAACCAAUGAUGUAAAAGACCAACAAGAUACAACAGCAAAUGAUGUGGAUGAAAUAAGAGGGGAGAUCAGUGGUCUCAAAGAUCAACAUGACACAAUGGCAACUAAUGUGGAUAACAUAAAGGGGGAAUUUGAUGACUUCAAAGGUAGACAAGACAUGUUGAAAACUGGUGUGGCAAAUGUCAAAGGGGAAAUAAGUGAUGUUAAAGACAGACUAGACACAAUAAAAAAAGACAUGGAGAGACAUAAAGAAAGGGAUCCUAAGAUGGUCUCCAUGAUAGAAACAACAAAAAACAUGAUAAAUAAUGAAAGAAAAAGUUACCAGUUUAUUGCCACCAAAAGUUUCUGUGAUGCCCGGGAAAAACUUCUGAAGAACAGGAUUGUUAUAAUCCAGGGAAAUACGGGAGAUGGGAAAUCAUCUAUUGCAAUUGAACUCCUUCGUUCACUUUGCAGUGAGGAGGAGCAACAGAAGAACCUUUGCAGACAACCACUGGAAUUAUAUGACAUAAAGGACUUAGAUUCAGUGGCACCAAAGUCACAAUUAGUUGUUUAUUUAGAUGAUAUUUUUGGUAAGAAUGCUGUGUGUUGUGCAGAUGUGGAAGAAUGGGAGAAAAGACAAAAAGCUGUUCUAUCCAAAUUUUGUGAAAGUGAGCACUCUGAGAGCAAUUUUCUUGUCAUUACCAUUCGCAGUGGAAUUUUAAACUCUUUAGAUAGUUCUUGUUUGGAAAAUAUAUUCACAGAGCAAAACAUUAUUGACCUAAAUGAGUACAAAGAUGAAAAAGAAAAACUGGAAUUAUUAAGGUUAUAUGAACCAAAAGAUGAAUUUGUUAAAUGGACAGAUGAUGAAGAGAAAGAGAUAAUUAGAUCAGCCCCAGACAUUGGGUUUCCCCAGUGUUGUAGAUUGUUCAGGGACACACCCGCUUUGCAAGAAGAGAGAUUAAACUUCUUUAGAAGACCUUUUCAUUUUAUGAAAUCAGCUUUAGCUAAAUUAAAAGAUGGGAAAUUUUAUGGGUUGCUCUAUCUGUUUCUCAAUGGAGGCAAAUUGAUGGAAAAUGAUUUAGACCCUUCCAGUGAAAAUAUUAAUAACAAAUUGCUAGAAGCAGCAUUUGCUGUUGAUGUAGUCAGAGUAAUUCCAACUUCAGAACUCAUGUACAACAAGGGGAGAAAACCUGAAUUUGUGAAGGAAUCAUUGGAAAGUCUGCUGGGUUCACUGGUGAAAAAAGAGUUCACCGAAAUAGAAGGAGGAUUUGAUCCUUAUUACAAAUUCAAUCAUGAUUCAAUUGAGGAAACAGUGGCACUUUUGUAUGGAGAGAAAACUCCCAUUGGCUACAUACAAAAUUGUCCCAGCAAGUUCCUCAGUUUUCUUACUACAGCCAAACACACCCCAAACAGGAUAGUCAUAUCAUCUUACGAAAAAAAAGAUGCCAUGUACAAACGCUCACUCAAAGAGUUUAAAUCUAUUGAUCCCAGAAGAUAUAGGUAUUUUAGUGAAUGGGAAUAUUUAGUUACAUUAGAUGUAUGGAAUGAUACCCAGUUUCUACAGGGAUAUAUUAAAUGGCUAAAUGGUCAGAAUGUUGACCAAACUUUGUGUCUUGAGAUAAAACUUGCCUUAUUGAAUGGAGCAUGCUCCAUUGGUUCAGAAGAAUGUGCCUCGUAUCUCCUAUUACAGGGUGUUACACCUGACAAGGAGACACCAUUUUUUGUAGUGAAGGGUGGGAGUGUAGAUCUACUGAGGAAACUACUGACAUAUGACAUCACUCCUACAGCGAGGGCACGCAAGUCACGCAGGUCACGCAAGUCACGAUCAUCACAUAAAGCAGCACAUAUCAAUGUUCUUCACAAGGCGUGUUUGAGUGAAAGAGAAGAGAUGGUGGCCUUGUUGUGUGACAAUUAUCCAGACUUGGUAUAUGACACUGGAAAAGAUGGAAGUAGCACACUCCAUCUUGUGGUAUUGACAGGAAACUGUAGUAUAUUUCAGACUGUGGAGAGAACGGUACUUAAAUCCUUGUGUAGAGUUGAAGAUGCGCAACAUCAGUGUGAAUCAGAAGAUGGUCGUGUGGUACAUCGAAAUUGUGCAUGUGCUCAGUUCAUGUCACAGUUAAGUAAUGAGUAUGGCAUGACAGUAUUACAUCAUAGUUGUAAGCAUGGAAAACAAGAGCUUAGUUUAGAUUUGUGCAAGGUUUACCCAACACUAACCACAACUUUAGGUUGUAAGCUUGGGGAAACAAUUUUACAUUCUUGUUGUAAGUAUGGACACAGGGAGCUUUUUUUCGAGUUGUGUAAGCUAUAUCCUGCACUAAUCACAGUUGUAGAUGUGCAUGGGAGAACUGUAUUGCAUGUAAGUUGUAUUAGAGCACACAGGGAGAUUUGUUUAGAUUUGUGUAGAAUAUAUCCAGCACUAACCACAGUUGUAGAUAAGAAAGGGAAGACAUUUUUACAUUGGAGUUGUUUGUGGGGAGACUUGCAGCUUUGUAUAGAUUUGUGUAAGUUACAUCCAGCAUUAGCCUCAGUUGUAGACAAUGAGGGGAGGACAGUAUUACAUGUGUGUUGUGAGUGGGGUUGCACCACAGAGAAUUUUAUAAUUUUAUGUAACUUAUACCCAGCACUAAUCACAGCUGUAGAUUACCACAGGUUAACAAUAUUACAUUGGAGUAGUAAGAGGGGACGCAGGGAGCUUUGUUUACAAUUGUGUAAAUCUUUCCCAGCACUAACCACCAUCGUAGAUAGCUACGGAUGGACAAUAUUACAUUGGAGUUGUAUAAAUGGACAUACAGAGCUUUGUUUAGAGUUAUGUAAACUCUUCCCAGCACUAACCACAAUUGUAGACAAAGAUGGGAGGACAGUAUUAUUUGUGAGUUGUAUAAAGAGACAUGUGAAGUUUUGUUUAGAACUAUGUAAGUUAUAUCCAGAACUAAUCACAAUUGCAGACAAGUUUGGGAAGACUAUAUUACAUACGAGUUGUAGUACGGGACAAAUGGAGCUUUGUUUAGAGUUAUGCAGAGCCUACCCAGCACUAACCUCAUAUGUAGAUAAUAAAGGGAGGACUAUAUUACAUAUGUGUUGUGAAAAGGGACGCAGGAAGCUUUGUUUAGAUUUGUGCGAGCUCUACCCAGCACUAACUACAGUUGUAGAUAAGGAAGGGAGAACCAUAUUACAUAUUUGUUGUAUGCAGAGAUACAAGGAGCUUUGUCUAGAUUUGUGUACGCGCUACCCGGUACUUACCACAAUGAUAGACAAGUUUGACUGUCAUUGUCUACAUUACAUAGCCAAGGGUACAUCAGAUGUAAUCUGGUUCACUAAAUGUGAAACUCAUGUGCAACAGUACACAGAGUCAACAGGGCAGAAAUAUGACAUCACAACUAUACUUACUGAUGACGGGAGAUCUGUUUUAGACAUGGCAAAGGAAUUCAAGUACAGUAGGAACAACCCUUUGCAUGAUCAUCUUGUCAAAUUUUUCAAGAAAUAAAAUUAGAUGUCCAUUCUAACUACUGUACACUUAAUUACCUGUGUAACACGUAGGUGACAAAGCAAAAAGAUGAGGUUGAAGAAAUAUUCUUGUCCUCAUCAUUUUUAAUAAGGUAUUAAAACAGUGUUGCAGUGACAGUAAUUAUUGCCAUAUUGAACAUUAUCUUUAACCAUACAGAAAUGCACAGUUAACUUUUGAAAAUUGAUAAUUGUCUUUCUCUUUUAAAAAAUAUUUUAGUAAAGUGUGGGGAUAUCUCAUCCAAAAACUAGUUGAGGUGAGCAUAUAUUUCAGUUUUACCUCAACUAAAGCCACUUAACCACUGUAAGUAAGCCGAUUUCUAUCACCAAGAUCUAACCAGAUGCAUACUAUAAAAAUACAGUUUGUAAUUAUAUACCAUUACUUAGACAUUAAAAACAACCAUAUGAAGAUGGCGGCAACAUUAAUUAGGCCAUAUAAUGUUAGUAAAAUUUCAUUUACUUGACAUCAUGGGGUCUGUAUUUAUGCCCCAGCACAACAAUGAAAUGGCGAAAUUUUGGGGGGGGGGGGGGGG